CCGUCGGUAGAGUUCAAGCCUUCAGCCAGCAGAACGUGUAGAGAAGUUUGUGUGGAAGGUUGAAGAAAGAAGAGGAAACCAGAGGAAGGAAAAGGGGAAGAAUAAUGGGGCAAUCAUCAUCGACAGAACAAAUUUCAGGGGUUCAACGGGAGGCAGAAUCAUUGGCAGCAUCUACUGGGGCUCUUCCGACUCUUCAGAAAGCAUUUUCCCGUCUCUCUGAUCCCCAAACGGAACUUAUCCCUCUUGAUUCCCUCCAGAAAUGCUUUGGCCUCAUUAUUGAGGACCAAUCAUCAACAACUGAAGGAAGUAUAGUGCCAAAAGAAUUUCCGGUGCUCUUGAGUCACGUGGGUUCUGCCAUUGUGGACCAAUUCUUCUUGACUGAGAAAGGAGGGGUCAGUUGGGUUGAGUUUUUGAGAGGUUACGUGAAUUGCUGUGGAAGGACAGUUACUUCAGCUUCAUUUAAUAAUUUAUUCAAGGUGUUUGUUAUCGCACAUAACAAGGCUGGCCUUCCUGUGGGGCUGCAAUUUGAUCCAGCUGAAGAUGAUGGUAAAAUGAGUGGAUCCUUGUUGCCCACUGAUUUAGUUAUGCUUCUUUGGAUGUGUUGGAUUAUGUCAUGCGAUUCAAGGAAGUUGCAAUCUUCUACCAGCCCUGGGAGUAGUGGUCUUCCAGAUAUUCAUCACUUGGUGCUGUCAGCUGUUGAGUCAUGUGCAGAAUCAAGCAAUAAAUUUGAUCUAUGGAACUCAAGAAUUUCUGGUUUGGAUGUUCAACUUCUUGCUGCAAAAUUUCACAUGUGGGCAGUGAAGACAGUGCCAUAUCUUGCAGACUGCCUGGCGCAUUUUGUGUAUACAAGAUUGGGUUACUUUACAACCCAUGAGGGCAAAUCGGAGGAUUUGUGCUUCCCUGUGCAUGCCAAUUCUGCAGCAGAAGUUUGCAAUACCCACCUUCUUACAUGUGGAAGGGCUUGGGCUGUAUCACUGACCCUAAGUGGUACUCUAAAUGAAGAGAUUUUAAAAGCAUGCUUCCCAAGUGAAACAGAUGGGAUAUGCGAAAAUCUACUUUACAAGUCAUCUCUCCACGGGAAAGGUUUAAAUAGAUUCUGGUCACAUGUUGAGGGUUAUAAUGGGCCAGUGUUAGUGCUCAUUGCUGCUUGCAAGAAUGAUAACAAUGAAAGGAGGUCAAUUUUUGGUGCCCUCACACAUCAGGGUUUUGAAAAUAGGGAUGCAUUCUACGGAAGUUCUGGUAGCCUCUAUGCAAUAGAUCCUGUCUUUCGUGUUUACUUGUCUUCAGGGAGGGAAAAAAAUUUUGUGUACAGCCACUUGCAUCCAACUAUGAGGGCAUAUGACCCUCAUCCAAAGCCAGCUGGAAUGGCAUUUGGAGGAUCCAUUGGGAAUGAGAGAAUACUUAUGGAUGAGGAUUUUGUUAGAGUUACUUUUCGUCAUCAUGCUGUUGACAAAACUUAUCAACAUGGUCCCCUCAUCCCUGAUCAGGGGUUUUUACCACUUGAAGCUUCAGUUUUAGAGGUGGAGGUAUGGGGAUUAGGAGGAAGAACAGCAAAAGAAGUCCAAAAUUCAUACAAGAAGCGAGAAGAGCUUUUCACUGAGCAAAGACGGAAGGUUGACUUGAAGACGUUUGGAAACUGGGAGGACUCGCCUGAGAAGAUGAUGAUGGACAUGGUAUCUGAUCCCAAUAUAGUCCGACGGGAAGAUCGAUAGAAAAGCGGAUAGUUUAUGUUAAGCCAGACUAUUGAUGGCUAAGCGGAUCUUUUAUUUUAAGCCAGACUGUUAAAUGGCGACAGUAUCCCCUUGUUUUUCCUUUUCUUCCUUUUACCUUUUCACCAGGCUGUGAUUUUAGGGUUCAAUAGAAAACUACUUAGAUUCGGAUGUACAGAAAUUUGUGAAUAUAUGGAUUGUGGAGAAAUUUGACUUCGGCCCGAGGCAGGAAGUCUGUUUUACUGAUUGCUCA